AUGACAACAUCUAUAACCACAGCAACUACAACAACAGGAACGACAACAACUAUAACUACAGCAACUACAACAACAACAUCCACAUCCGCCACAACAACAACAACAAGUAAGACAGCAUUCGGGCAUAGUCAAGAAUAUUGAACAAUUGAGUUCGUAAAAGAAGUUCUAGUAGUUGAUCAAUGUGAGAUAUAUCUACAAGUGACAUAGAUCAAACAGGAAAAUUGGAUACCUAUAAUAAUUAGAAUACUUUUAGAUUAUUUUAGUAGCUUACAUUUUCUUCGGAUGAUUUAAAUCAACUGUUUCCACUGGAGAUAGUUGAACAACUCAUCGGAAACCGACAAAGUAACGAUUGAAUGUUCAUUUGGAUGAACACAACCGCCAGCUUGUUAUUGUCUGGCCGAGAUGAUGGAUGAACCGAUGUGGUAGUCAGGACUACAUAGAUAGGGGACUGUAACGGUUCCAGAUCAGUUCAGAUCCCAUGAACUAGUCGAACAGUUCCAGUUCAGACGAACUGAACUAUUGAACAGUUCUCUUCGAAAAGAACCGAAGCGUCGAACUGAUCAAUUAGUUCGAGGUAUGGUGUUUAGAAGGUUCAGUUAUUCCGGAUCAGAAUCGAUCGCCCAGCCCUUUAGCGCAGUUCAUGAGAAUUUAGAACUUGAACUGUUACAGUCCUAGCACAGAUGAACGACUGUUCUUAGGCUCAAUCAGUUGUUGAUAUAAGCUUUAUUCUAUCAGAAUACAAGUGGAAGAAUAUUCCAUUAUAGUAUUCUAAACUAAAACUAUCGAAAAACACAAAAUCAAUUUUUGUACGAAUAGAGGUUCGAACAUGUGAACUUAGCUUUGUAGUAAACUACAAAACUAAAUUCACCGUUCUGUAUCUAUAUUCUGUACAACGAUUGAAGUUGUGCAAUCGACUCGAU